AUGCAGCUUUCUCUAGAACAGGAACGGCUUGAACAGAAUAAUGGGGACCUUUUGGCCCAGAUCUCCAACGUCGACACGCAGGUAGCAAGGCGUGUGUUGAGGAAAUUUAAUGGCGAUAUGGAGAAAGCCGCAGAUGCACUACUGGCUGGUGAUAGAGCUUUGGACUGGGAAACGAAGCACAGAAAUACUCCGGAACCAACGUAUUCGGAUGGCAAGGAUAGUUCGAAAAGUGUUAUGCCUGCCCCUUCCACCUCUGUUAUCGACCUAACCGCAGACGACGACGAAAUGACGCGUGCAUUACAGAUGUCAAUGGAUGAAAGUUCUCAGGUUAGCAAAUUUGGCCCCAGUGAUAGGGCGCCUAACCCGGAGUGGGCGAUGGUACGCUCGAACGAUCCAAUUGUUCCUGGUACAACUAAUGAAGAUCACACUCUCAACGAGGCUAUCCAAGCAAGUCUUCAAGAUUUUCAAGAGGAUGUCGAUGUAUCCCCCUUCUCGGACAGUCUCCGCGAGGGAGGCCGCCCUAUCGCUCUCCGCACCCGUACGAAAGAACUUGCAUACGGUGCUUUGGUCAUUCAAGCUCUUUUUUUCAUCCCUCAGGUCAGGGCAACUGUGUCCAACUUUCGCCUGCCUAGAAUAGAACCGUCCGCACAACUGGGACAUCCAAGUCGAAUCAUGUGGAACUUGAUUGAGCUAUUCACCAACAUGGACCUCGCUCAACUUGCUGCCAUUAUAGACAAUGAACUACUUCCCGCGAUGUUUACAGAGCGGCUAACUCCGGGUCAAUCUCUACCUGAUGCAUCGGCUGAUAUCGUAAAACAUGUUGCUGGCCUGAUAGAGCAGCACGCGGCUGCUCAAGCUACGGAAGAAGACGAAAUGGAAGAGCGUCUUUUCUCUUUCACCCAUGGUAAUGUUGUUCUCAACAAUCAGGAUGCUGCUAUAAAGAGCAACCGAAGCUCUGAAGAUGGGAUAGUUGUUACCGUUGAAUAUGGAGACAGCGUACUCCAUAACGACCUGAUUUCCUGCAUAUCUGACAACCUCAACAAAAUUGAGCCUACAUGCUCCUCACACGAUGUUAUCAUAAGACCUUCGGAUGUUAUUACUUUCCAGCUCAGACGACUACCCAAUGCAAGCUCCUCAAAAACAUCGCCAGACCCAUUUGUAUACCCUAAAUCUUUAUACCUGGAUAGAUUUAUGUUCGACAAUUUGGCGUUCACAAACAAUAAAAGGAAACAGGAGCGGAGGAUGUUAGAGGAGAUCGAAAACCUCAAGGCUCAGAAGGAAAAGUUGACGCGUUCUGAUAAUCGCGAUUCGCUGCAAACUCUUCGAAACACGGUAUACUACUAUGAAUUUAUUGCCAAGUCGGAUGGAGAUCGCGCGCGCGAAGCCAGACUGCAACGAGUAACGGAAAAUUUGAGGGACAUUUUGACGGGACUCGAGGCCAAAGUGGAAGAUAUUGAUCGGCAAAUUGAAAAACUGCAGGCUGAAGUUGCCGUUGUAUACGACUGUCCUGAAUUGCAGCAAUAUCAGUAUGACCUCCGUGCCGUAUUGGUCCACAGUGGUCUUCCGGGGCGCAAACAUAUCUACUCAUAUGUUCAGGAUAUUGAAGGUGUUUGGUGGAAAACAGUUGACCAUGAAGUCACUGAGGUACCAGAGGAAACUGUCCUUACUGAUCCCACUGGUCUUCAUCUUGGGGCCGGUCCCUAUAUGCUGUUCUAUAGCCGACAUCUUACACAUGACCAGUUACACGAACCGCUCGUAUGGCCCAACGUAUUCUCCGAAGCUGUCGCAGACAACAACAAAAAGUUUUUGGCCAUGAUGCACCCUGAACUCGAAAUUUUCUCAAAUGCCAGUUUAGAAUCACCUGAAAUACAACCUACUCCUCGCGCGCUGCCAAUUCCGCAAGAACGACAACAUACUCGUGACAGCUCGAGAAAUAUGAUUGUCGAUGAGCCUACAUUUUCGCUGCCUCCGCCGCCAUACUAA